UUGAAUUUUAUAAUCAUGGACCCUAGUUGGGAUUCAGAAAAUCCACAAACAUGGAUUGUCCUCAAAUUGUUGAUCUUCUUUCUAAGCAGUAUUUUGACUCCGCACUUUAUGGAAGAAGUCAAGUUUUCAGAAAAGGAGCUUCACACAAGCAAGGAAGUGGUUUCUAUCAGCUUUUAUAUGCAAAAGAUAUAUCCAGAUGAAUGGAGAAAUUUUCUGGAACGUAUGCAAUGUGAAGAAAUAAAUGAAAAUGAUAAAAUCGUUAAGAACGAAGAAAGAGAUUGGGCUUCUUUUCGAGGGCAAACUUUAAGUAGGACAGUCAGAGGAAUGAUGUACUGCAGAAAAGCCCUAAAAUUGCAAGCUUUUCUUGACAUGGCUGAGGAUGAUGAUAUUCUUCAAGGUUAUGAAUCCAUUGAUAGAGAAAAUGGUACGUUAUCAGCGCAGCUUGAUGCCAUGGUAGAUAUGAAAUUCACACAUGUUGUUUCUUGUCAAAUUUAUGGAUUACAAAAAGCUUCUGGAGAUGCACAGGCUAAAGACAUACUUGAAUUGAUGAUAAGAUAUCCAUCUUUGCGUCUUGCAUAUGUCGAGGAGAAAGAAGAGAUCAUAGCAGAUACGACUCAAAGAGUUUAUUCAUCAAUAUUAGUCAAAGCGGUCAACGGUUUUGAUCAGGAGGUAUACCGCAUAAAGCUCCCAGGACCUCCAAAUAUUGGGGAAGGAAAACCAGAGAAUCAAAACCAUGCAAUAAUUUUCACACGUGGUGAAGCUCUCCAAGCAAUUGAUAUGAACCAGGAUAAUUAUCUCGAGGAAGCUCUCAAGAUGAGAAAUCUCUUACAAGAAUUUAUACGGGUUCAAGGAAGGAGGCCUCCUACAAUAAUUGGCAUGAGAGAGCACAUAUUCACAGGAAGUGUUUCUUCUUUGGCAUGGUUCAUGUCCUAUCAGGAAACCAGCUUUGUCACCAUUGGUCAAAGACUUCUGGCGAAUCCUCUCAGGGUUAGAUUUCAUUAUGGGCAUCCAGAUCUCUUUGACAGAAUAUUUCACUUAACACGAGGUGGAAUUAGCAAGGCAUCAAAGACAAUUAACUUGAGCGAGGAUGUCUUUGCAGGAUUCAAUACUAUACUACGGCGGGGAUAUGUUACGUAUCACGAGUAUAUGCAAGUUGGCAAAGGACGUGACGUUGGACUCAACCAGAUAUCGAAGUUUGAAGCCAAAGUAGCAAAUGGCAACAGUGAGCAAACUCUCAGCCGUGAUCUAUACCGACUUGGACGUCGAUUUGACUUCUUUCGGAUGCUUUCUUGUUAUUUUACUACGAUUGGCUUUUAUUUUAACAGCUUGAUUUCAGUUAUUGGAGUAUAUGUCUUCCUUUAUGGACAACUUUACCUUGUACUUAGUGGUCUACAAAGAGCACUGCUCCUCGAGGCCAGAGUGAAAAAUAUUGAAUCUUUAGAAACAGCCUUGGCUUCUCAGUCAUUUAUCCAGCUUGGGCUCUUAACGGGUUUACCUAUGGUUAUAGAGAUUGGUCUGGAGAGAGGAUUUCUUACUGCCCUCAAAGAUUUUGUUCUCAUGCAACUUCAGCUUGCUUCUGUUUUCUUUACUUUUUCUUAUGGAACAAAAUCUCAUUAUUUUGGUCGAACAAUUCUUCAUGGGGGUGCCAAGUAUAUUCCCACUGGACGUAAGGUGGUGGUCUUUCAUGCAAGUUUUACUGAAAACUACAGAUUGUAUUCACGUAGUCAUUUUGUGAAAGGAUUUGAGCUGCUGCUACUACUAAUUGUUUAUGAUUGGUUUAGACGGUCCUACCAGAGUAGUAUGGCAUAUGUGUUGAUAACAUAUGCUAUUUGGUUCAUGUCGUUGACUUGGCUGUUUGCACCAUUUUUGUUUAAUCCUUCGGGAUUCAACUGGGGCAAGAUAGUCGAUGACUGGAAAGAUUGGAACAAAUGGAUCAAGCAACAGGGUGGGAUAGGAAUCCAACAAGAUAAAAGUUGGCAAUCUUGGUGGAACGAUGAGCAAGCCCAUCUUCUUCACUCUGGGCUGACUUCUCGGUUAAUAGAGUUAUUUCUUUCACUGAGAUUUUUCCUUUACCAAUAUGGUUUGGUCUAUCAUCUAGAUAUAUCUGGUCAGAACAAAAACUUUAUCGUUUAUGUGCUCUCUUGGGUUGUCAUCGUGGUGAUUUUCCUCCUAGUCAAGGUUGUGAAAGUAGGGAGGCAAUAUCUCAGCGCUAGUUAUCAGUUCACAUUCAGGCUAUUUAAAGCCCUUCUUUUCCUUGGAGCCACGGCAACAGUAGUAGCUCUAUCAAUCAUAUGUGAUCUAUCUAUGAGAGAUCUGGUUGUUUGUUGUCUGGCCUUUCUGCCUACUGGUUGGGGCUUAAUAAUGGUUGCACAAACUCUGAGGCCCAAGAUUGAGGGAACGGGAUUGUGGCAAUUUGCUCGCGUUUUUGCUCGAGCUUAUGAUUAUGGGAUGGGUGUAGCUCUUUUCACACCCGUAGCGAUUUUGGCAUGGCUCCCUAUAAUUUCUGUUUUUCAGACGCGUUUCCUUUUCAACCAGGCUUUCAGCAGGAGCUUGCAAAUUCAACCAAUUCUUGCUGGAAAGAGGAAGAAGAAGCAACGAUGAUCAUUAUACAGUCAAAAUUUGGGUGAACAGAUCAUUUGUGUCGAUAUAUAAGAGGAAAAGUAAAUUAUUGUAUAGUCAUGAUCAAUAUCACAAACCACAGUAUAUAUUGUGUGCAUUGUUUGAGAUUGAAAAAGAUGCAUAGGAUCAAUGUCUGCUGAAUCUUGGCUAUUCUGAUUUGGUUAUAAGAAAAAGUGUUACAAUUUUAAUGAUUAA